AUGUCGUUAUGUCGUCGGCGGAGGGACCCAAUAGCCGACACAAUCUACACACUAUCCCCCUUCAAGCGGAUAUGUGUCAUUCUCUUCGGCGCCGUCUCAAUCCACCUGACAAUUGGCACUUAUCACACGUUUGGCAACAUGCUACCGUAUAUGGCCUCUUACAUGCGUAAUUUCACCGAUCCGAGUGUCAGAAUUGAGCAUAUGAUGUGGAUCCCAACGUUUCAGGGUUGUUUUCCGUUCGCUAUGGUCAUUGGUGGCCUAACUUCUUCCACUUUUAGUCCGCGAGUCUCCGCGUUCAUUGGAUGUGCUCUAGUGACAUCGAGCGUCGCCCUAUCAGCAUAUGCAAUUCAACACUCAUUCGCCAUGUUCUUCAUUGUCUACGGUCUUCUUUUUGGUCUCGGAUCCGGAAUUGCAUAUGUUACAGCGGUUUCGACGGCUAUUAAUUGGGCCCCCGACAAAAUAGGUGUCGUCUCAGGCAUUGUGGCCGCCGGUUUCGGUCUCUCCUCUUCGAUUUUCGCUCCAAUUCAGACGUGGAUCGUCAAUCCGAUGAAUCUCCCAGCGACAAAAGACGGAUAUUUCGUCCAACCGGAACUCCUUCAUCGUGUUCCAUCACUAUUCACCAAAUUGGCACUGAUUUAUGGAUGUAUGCAGGCGAUUGCACUGAUUGUCGUCUGUGAUCCACCGUUUCGGAAAUCUCGAUCCAACGAAUCGAUAGCGAAUGAUGUGGAUGAUGAUGAGGAGGACGAUGACUAUGAGCGACCAGUUUUUGAUAAUGACGAGGAUACAACAAUCCAAUUGUCUCCGAAUGAAAUGCUGAAAUCUCCCACAUUCUACUGCCUUUUCGCCGCCUUAUUCUGUUGCUCAUUCUAUGCGAAUAUGUUUUAUAAUUUAUACAAAACAUACGGAGAAUCAUUCAUCGAAGACGAUAUGUUCAUGGCAAUGGCCUUCUCAAUAGCCUCAGUGGCCAAUGCAAUCGCCCGUAUCGGUUGGGGAUAUCUGACGGAUCGAACGAGUUUUCAGAUUGCUCUUUCGACGGCGACUUGUCUCGCUUCGGUGUUUCUUUUGACAAUGCCGAUGACGAGGGAAUUGGGAAAAGGGGCGUUUCUGUUCUGGUUGACGGGCACUUUUGUGUGUAUGGGAGCGACGCAUGCGUUGUUUAUUACGGCCACAGUCAAGUGUUUCGGAAAUCGGCAUAAGGCUAACAAUUAUGGAUAUCUGAUUUUGUCAACGACAGCAAGCGGCAUUCUACUCGCAGCAAUCUCACAAUUCUACUUGAAAACCAUCGGCUACACAUAUCUCUUCAUUAUAACCUCAAUAUUCCCCUUCUUCGCAUUCAUCAUUAUCUCAUGUAUCCAAUGGACGCCUCAAGGCAAAUUAGUCACCUAA